GUGAUUCGUGAAGUCUCUGUCAUUUGUCGUAUUCUCGUCUUCUCGUGCCCUCUUCUUCAUCUUCCCCUUUGCAUCGUUUCUUCCAUUGUUCGGUGGUAUCUUCUUCUGCUUCUGUCACAUCCAAGAUUAUCACACCGUUUCUCGUUUUUCUCAUCGCAGCCGAACCCUUCACAUUCGUUCCCGUCCCUUUCCCCUUUUAUUCUCUGUAAGCAGAAAUUAGGGAACUAGAGAAUGGCUCAAGCGGUUGAAGAAUGGUACAAGCAGAUGCCUGUUAUCACGCGUUCCUAUCUCACUGCCGCUGUUGUCACCACCAUCGGAUGCUCCCUUGAUAUAAUUUCUCCGUAUCAUUUGUACUUGAACCCGAAACUGGUGGUGAAGCAAUAUCAGUUUUGGCGUCUGGUUACCAAUUUCUUGUAUUUCCGGAAAAUGGACUUGGAUUUCCUGUUUCAUAUGUUUUUUCUUGCUCGUUACUGCAAGCUUCUUGAGGAGAACUCGUUCAGGGGAAGGACCGCUGAUUUCUUUUACAUGCUCUUAUUUGGUGCCACUGUAUUGACUGGAAUCGUUCUUCUUGGGGGGAUGAUACCUUAUCUAUCAGAGUCAUUCGCAAAAAUAAUAUUCCUUAGCAACUCGUUGACAUUUAUGAUGGUUUAUGUGUGGAGCAAACAGAAUCCCUUUAUUCACAUGAGUUUCCUGGGCCUCUUUACUUUCACUGCUGCUUACCUUCCAUGGGUUCUCUUGGGGUUCUCUGUACUUGUUGGUGCUAGUGCUUGGGUGGAUCUAUUGGGAAUGAUUGCUGGUCAUGCAUAUUAUUUUCUUGAAGAUGUCUAUCCUCGGAUGACAGGUCGUAGGCCACUAAAAACACCAUCAUUCAUCAAAGCACUAUUUGCAGAUGACCCAGUUGUUGUGGCACGGCCUGCCAAUGUCAGAUUUGCGCCCCCACCUGCAGAUGAACUUCACCAAGAUUGAAUGGCCAUCAGAUGGUUAGCGGAUUAGCAACAGAACACCAAAGCGGUUGACCGUGUAAUAUAUAGAUUUAAAACAUCUUUUUUCGCGUGCAUUUGUUAAUCCUUAGGAUUUAAGGGGCAUGUCGAAUGUUCAAGAGUUUUAACUGGAUGAGUUUCUCUCUUUCUCAUUGUAGUUUUUGUCAGACACCACCUUGUAGAUAUGAUAUUUAUUUUAUAAUUUGCCCCUUUAGUCCACAAAGUUUUUUUAAGCUUAUUAAGUAAGCAAAUUGGGUUCUUCCUCUUCUUCUA